AUGGCCUUCCACACAACCGUUUCCUUGGCCGGAUGUUUGCUCAAUCUUCUUCUCAUUUACCUCGCCUACUUCCAUUCGCCACGGACCAUCAGGACCUACUCGAUUCUCAUCAUCAAUUUUGCGCUGACCGACUUUGGAGCCUGCUUUUUUGACGCUUUUGUUGAGCAACGGUGAGAAUUUCAAAGAUUUUAGUUUUCCUUCAGUUUUUGUGUCGAGUUCCAUUUGAAAUGUAAGAUCCCUCUACUCAAAAAAUAUAGCUAGUUGAGUUUGAAAAUUUUUUUUUUUAAAAAUUCCUGAAAGCCUCCUGUUGAGCGCAAGCUUCCCAUUAUUCUCUUGCAAACUUGUGAAGUUUAGAAGAAAGCUCCAAAGCUUCAAAAAAAACUUCCCAAAAAUAUUCCAAACAUCCAUGUUUUUGAUCGGUCUCGGAAGUAAUCUGAACAAUUUUCGACUUUUUUCCCAAGGCUUUUACGUAAAAAAGCAGGGGAAAUUCACACAAUGUGUGGCAUUUUCUCUGAAAAAAAUUGCUCUGCUAAAUCUCCGAAAAAUCUGAGCAAAUCGUGGACUUUCCCAUCUGAGCAAAUCGUGGACUUUCACAUUAUGGCGUCAUAGCAGACAUUGGACUUUCACCUUUUUUCGAAAGAGGAGGAAAUUUUCCUUCGUUGAGAAAGAAACGGAGAAAAUUCGAAAGAGGAGGAAAUUUUCCUUCGUUGAGAAAGAAACGGAGAAAAUUCAAAAACUAAAAUUUUGAGCAGUUUUUGAGAGGAAAACAGAGACUAAGAUUUUUUAUGAGUCGAUUUUCUUUGUAAAGAGAUGCUUCAAAUGCCAAAUUAAAAUCUAUAACUUGAACCGCUGCGUGACCGCAACGCAUUGAGCCAUUCUGAAUGCGAAGUUUUCGCAAAUGAACUGUACUAUCAAAUUAUCCGUUUUUCGAAUAAAAAUUGAUCUGUUUCCACUCAGAAUCGUUCCAACUGGCUGGACGUUGGCCUAUAUGUCAAGUGGAAUUUGCCGCUUGGUCCCGUCCAGCUGCUAUAUCAGGUUCCUCUCACUUUAAUUAAUUAUUUAUUAACUUUACUUGAUUUUAGCUACAGUAUCAUGCUGCAUUUUUACGCCCACGGACUUUGGUCCCUGUUGGUUUCUUUUGCCUACCGGUAUUACAUCCUGGUGAAUACGUCACCUUCUGGCAGAACUGUGAUCAUAAUUCUAGUCAUGUUCUACGUUCCUUCCUUCUUCCAAUGGGUCCGAAUAGGAUCAAUAAGAUUUUAUUGAUUUUUCGAUUCAGAUCAGCUUCAUAUGGGCUCUGGACCCUCCGGAAAAGAUCACUCCAAUUUUGAAAGAACGAUUUCCGACCUAUGAUUUGUCAGAUUCUGUUAUAAGCGGAACGGUGGAUAUUCGGUCAUUUUCCGCUUUGUUCACAAUUCUUCAUAUGACCUUACCGGUCACUCCUGUCUACAUUUCAAUCCUCAUAUUGAGGAGAAAGAUUAUUCAAAAAUUGAUGAUUGCCGCGAAUCAUAUGCGAAGAGAGACGAAAGCCUUGCACAAACAGCUUUUGAUGGUUAGUUCGGAUAGUUCGGCCAGAAAAGCUAUCAAACAAUAUAGUUUUAUAAUUAAUUUAUUCUGGAAAAUUUAUCGAACGGAAUUUCAUUUUAUUUUUUUCUUGAAGCUUGAAAAACGACUUUGAUUGUUGACCAUGUGAAAUAAUGAAAUAAAGCAAUAAAUCAGGUUCAAAAACUUAAUGGCUUCCGAAGGAACGUUCAAAAAGAACAAAAUUGAGAAAUAUUAUAAUAUAAUUCUGAUUGAAUUUUUCACCUUUUUAUCUGUUUUUAAGAUGAAAAAAAAAUUCGGGUAACAACAAAGAAGAAUUGACUUCAAGAAAACUAACGAAAUCAAGGAGCUUUGAACAAUAAUUUUUUUUUUCCAUUAUUGUUUCGAAAAUCAAGUUUUAGGCGCUGACCUGCCAAGCCUGCUUCCCGAGCUUCUUCCUCCUGGCAGUUCUUUGCUACGCAGUUGGCCAGUUGGGCAUCUACCAACACCCCGUUUUAGAAUAUGUUCCAUUUUCCGUCGUCCUUUUCAUUCCCUUACUAUCGCCGUGUGCUUCUCUAUUCUUCGUGAAACCGUAUCGACUGCAAAUUGAAAAGUUCUUGGGAGUUAAAUCGGCCUACACGGAGAAGACAAUUCGUCUUUCUACUUUCCAGCUCACAAAAGCAUCGAGAAUCGACUCACAUCUCGACCCUCGAUCUAUCACUAUAAAUUUUUGA